UUUUUACCCUUAAUCUCUCUCUACCCUGCCCAGCAAGCUUAGCAUAUGCUUCCAAAUAUUCCUCCCUCUACUCUUCCAAUGCUCUCGAGAUGAUUAUAAAUGGUGACUUCUGUCACCACGUUACGCAUUUAUGCAGGCAGCUCAAGAGAGAGAGAGAGAGAGAGAGAGAGAGAGAGAGAGAGGGCGAUGAAGUUUGGAAAGAGGCUGAAGAGGCAGAUUGAGGAAAGCCUGCCCGAGUGGAGGGACAAAUUUCUGUGCUACAAGGACCUCAAGAAGCUGGUUAAGCUCAUCUCUGCAACCCAACCAUCUUCCAAAGCCGAGGCAGAGUUCAUCUGCCUCUUGGACUCGGAGAUCGACAAGUUCAACGCCUUCUUCGUCGACCAGGAGGAGGAGUUCAUCAUCCGGCAGAUGGAGCUGCAGGAGAGGAUCAAGAGGGUAGCUGCGACGUCGGCGGCGGCAGAGUACGGAAGGAUCGGAACCGAGAUGGUCAAUCUCCAUGGCGAGAUGGUGUUGCUGGUGAACUACAGCAGCGUCAACUACACAGGUCUCGCAAAGAUCUUGAAGAAGUACGACAAGCGAACCGGAGGCCUGCUAAGGUUGCCCUUCAUCGAGAAGGUGUUGGAGCAGCCCUUCUUCACCACUGACCUCAUCUCGAAGCUGGUGAAGGAUUGCGAGAGCACCAUGGACUCUAUGUUCCCUGCAGCAGCAGCAGCAGCAGCAGCAACAGCAGCUCGAGACGAAGCUGUGAUGAUGGUUGAGCAGAGAGUGUUCAGGAACGCAGUUGCUGCGCUGGUGACCAUGCGAGAGCUGCGAAGGGGAAGCUCAACUUAUGGUCACUUCUCGCUGCCGCCUCUGACCUUGCCGGACGCUGAUCUGCUACACUCCUUGCAGCUCCCUUCGCCCAUUCCCAUCCUUUGAUGCUCGCUCGAUGUGCAUCAUCAUCCAUCUCAUGUGUUCAUGUCGUCACGUGCAAUAGACAUGAUAUGUAUCAACAACCAGUUUGCAUCAAAUGAAUCCUCCUUCCAUUAAUUAUAUAUAUAUAUAUAUAUAUCUUUAUUAAAGUGUCUAAUAGAAAUAUUAAAAAUAUAAAUACAUAGAAAUAUUAAAAAUAGAAUAUAUGAUAAAGAAAAUAAAAUUUAUAAAGGAAACGAUUUGAGGAAAAAAAAAAAGAGAAUAAAGUGAAGAAAGAAAGAAAUAAAAAGAAAAGAUAAAUAAAUAGAAAAUAGGAGAUUGAGAACAUAUAGAGCUCUUGCGGCGGGAGAGGCAAACAGACAUCUCUAAUGCUUCUUCUAUUUCCAGUCGUCGUCGUCGCCGUCGCACUCUCCGAUCUCCAAUGCCGAACCCUAAUGCGCAACUCCACCAUCCAACCGAAGGGAGAGCCGUGGAAUCGGUGCCGGCUUCGACCGCCGUAUGCCACCCAUUUGUCGAGCCCUACGAAUUCUCUGUUCCCAAGGUUUUCCUAAGGGGAUCGGCACGGAGCAUGGGUUUGGCCUACGGGAUCGCGUCGAGCGGCGUGCGAGGGAAGGAUUUCGUGUGCCUUUCCACUCAGAAGAAGGUGUCGAUUCGGACGCUGACGGGUGCGAUGAGGUGGCUCAUCCGUGGACGACAGGCCCAAGCAAAAGAUAGAAGGGUAAAGUAGUCGUUUGCGCUGCUCAUCGGGAUUCCUUAACGCGACACGUAGCACCGUGAUUACGUCGCUCCAUCGUGUCACCGGUGGGAUAGCGUCAGAGGUGGCAUGUAGUGGUGGUCGCCGGAGAUGAGUUGGCUGACAGCUGGCACUGUCGUCGCAGAGACGUGAUAAUCGCCUUCAAAGAAUUGGAGACCUACCACUUAACGGGCCCUUCUGGCUACCUGCUCUCUGAUUGGGAAUGCUUCCAGCUAAGUAAUCAGAGGACAGGUAGGAAAGAAGGGUAGCGUUGGGAGAAAGCCUCGUUCCGAGGCGAGCAGGGCAUGUCAUGCCAUCCCAUUCUUGCUGACGCGGCUGCGGCCCCGCUCUCGUUCCCCACGCCCUCUUCGCCACCAAAUAAAAUGCCCUCGACGCGCCCUCACCCUAAAUUGCAAGAACAAGUGAUUUAGCAGAGAGAGAGAGAGAGAGAGAGAGAGAGAGAAAGAGAGAUGGCGUCCUCUGAAGUUCAAGAGGAAGAGAAGAAGGUGCCAUCGGCGGCCGCUUUGAGUGGGGACGAAAGAGAGAAGCAAUCGACCAACGCGGUCGCCUUUGCUGAGACGGAGCUGUAGCCACCACCCACCUGCAUAUCAUCAUAUCUAUCGCCCGCCCUGCCCCUUCCAAUUCGAUCUCGGCCAAGCGUGCUUUUAGAUUUGUUCUCGGUCAUGUCGGCGACGGUGAAAAACGGGGGAGACGCUGCGGCGGUGGAGGUGGAGUUCGCGGCGUGCGACUGCUGCGGGCUCAUGGAGGAGUGCACGCCGGCGUACAUCGCCGGCGUACGGGAGCGGCACGGCGGGCGGUGGAUCUGCGGUCUCUGCGCCGAGGCCGUCCAGGACGAGAUCCGCCGCUCCGGGCCCCUCAUCUCGCUCGAGGAGGCCAUGGGCCGUCAUGCAAGCUUCCGCCGAAGCUUCCGCUCGGCUGAGGCCGCAGCGGUGGAUCCGGCGGAGCAGCUGAUCGCCGCCGUGAGGCAGCUCCUCCGGCGGAACCUCGACUCACCGCGGGCUGUGCGGUCGACCCCGGGCAGCCCCCGAACCAUGGUUGGGCCCCGGACCCGGAGAGGCUUUCCGACCUUUAUUUGCUUGGCGGAUGAGGAUAAGAAUCGAAUCGCAUAGGAAAAGCAAAAGAAAAUGAAAGAAGAACAGAAAGGGAGCGUUUCCAAUUUCCAACGAGUAAAACUCGUUGCUUAAUCUCGAGGAUUCCAAGAGUAGUUUUAUGUUAUGCGAAAAAAAUUGCACAAAUUUUCCGCUGGAUUAUGCACGAGUCUUUCUUCUUUCACAAGUAUACAUACUACUUGUCAUUUGAAGUGAAAAGAAUCACUGAGAAUGGAAGAAUUCCAUCUUCAAGACUCA